CAUGGCCGGCCUGCAGACCCCGCUCCUGGCCGCCCUCCUGCUCCUUGCUCUGGCUCUUCAAGCGACCGAAGCAGGCCCUUACGGAGCCGACGUGGAGGACAGCAUCUGCUGUCGCGACUACACCCGCCGCCCGCUGCCCCGCCGCCUGCUGAAGGGCUUCCACUGGACGUCCGGCUCGUGCCGGAGUCCCGGCGUCGUCUUGCUGACCCUCAGGGACCGGAAGAUCUGCGCUGACCCCAGGGUACACUGGGUGAAGAGGGUUCUCCAGAAGCUGGACGGCUGAGGAAGGAUCCUGCCCUGGUGACCG